AGUGUUACCUCACGCACCCCCUCCAAACUCCAUUUCCUCUCUCUUUUCGUUCCUUUUCACUCCGCAUGCUGCGAGCAGCUAAAGGGGGACGCCGGAAGUUUUCGUCUAGGGUUUGCCCUAAUCCGGAUAUUCUCACACGGUCUUAAUUGAGCAAAGUAGCGAGAUGGGUGUGAAUUCUCUGCCAUCGGAGUCGAGCAACGAUCUCGAUGAGCAGAUCUCGCAGCUAAUGGAGUGCAAGCCGCUUUCAGAGCAGCAGGUUAGAGUUUUAUGCGAGAAGGCAAAGGAGAUUUUGAUGGAUGAAAGUAAUGUCCAGCCUGUGAAAAGUCCUGUGACAAUCUGUGGUGAUAUUCAUGGACAGUUUCAUGAUCUAGCUGAGCUAUUUCGAAUUGGAGGAAAGUGUCCAGAUACAAACUACUUGUUUAUGGGAGAUUAUGUGGACCGAGGUUAUUAUUCAGUGGAAACUGUAACACUCCUUGUGGCUUUGAAAGUGCGGUAUCCUCAACGGAUUACUAUUCUUCGAGGAAACCAUGAAAGUCGUCAGAUUACUCAGGUUUAUGGAUUUUAUGAUGAAUGCCUAAGAAAAUAUGGUAAAGCCAUUGUUUGGAAGAUCUUUACGGACCUUUUUGAUUACUUUCCAUUGACUGCAUUGGUUGAAUCGGAAAUAUUUUGUUUACAUGGUGGACUGUCGCCAUCAAUUGAAACCCUUGAUAAUAUAAGGAACUUUGAUCGUGUUCAAGAGGUCCCUCAUGAAGGGCCCAUGUGCGAUCUUUUAUGGUCUGACCCUGAUGACAGAUGUGGCUGGGGGAUUUCUCCUCGUGGUGCUGGAUAUACCUUUGGCCAGGAUAUAUCUGAGCAAUUCAAUCACACAAACAGUCUCAAGUUGAUUGCUAGAGCUCACCAGCUAGUGAUGGAUGGAUUUAAUUGGGCUCAUGAACAAAAGGUGGUUACCAUAUUUAGUGCACCUAACUACUGUUAUAGAUGUGGGAACAUGGCUUCCAUUUUGGAGGUUGAUGAUUGCAAGAGCCACACAUUUAUCCAGUUUGAACCGGCUCCUAGGAGAGGUGAACCGGAUGUCACCCGUAGGACGCCUGAUUACUUCCUAUAAUGUGGCCGCUGGAUGACGCACUGGUAUUACUACUUACUGCACUAAUUUCAGGUAGUGUACCGUAGUAGUGCAUUCUCGUUCCUGAUAUUGCUGCAUGCAUUUAAAUCCAUGGAUGUACGCUUUCCAUGCUUUUGUCGGUGCUCCGGAAGUCGGCUUUGAUGUAUCAUAGGUAGGUAAUAUUCCCCUGAUUUGUUACGCCCGAGAAUUUGCUGGAGGCUCUUUGGGAGAAGUUGCCUAGAUGACGCGCAAGUCAAAAAAUGUAUAAUUCCACCAAAAUGUGGAUAUUUUUAAUUUUCCCGUCUUUCUUCCUUCUCUACUCCCCCGUCUUCAUUCCCCGGGUUCUCAGGCCCUUUAAAGCUGUGACUGGGAUUUUUCCAUCUUGUGCAAGUUUUUGCCAUGUUCUUAUUAAUUUUUAUUUUUAGAAAAAAGUGCACGAUGUUAAUGAUAAGUUUUGUUCUUACUAUAUCACGGUCCAACCAUUAUACCUUUUCCU